UUAUACAGUUUACUAUUUCAUAACGUCGGUGGCAGUGGUCGCAGCCGCUUAGGAUUGUGUUGAUCGUGUGUGCUUGCUACUAGCUGCUUAUCAUUGUCGCUCUACCAGCCAACGCGAAGUGCACAUAUUUUUGACAUUUGUUGGGAGCUGUGAUUGGUUGCUCUAAGCAAGAACUGUGGUUACUUCGUUUGUUAAUUUGGUAAAACUACGCGAAGUGACAACGUGAAUCGGCAGAACCUACGGGAUUGGAUAUCUGCUGCGUUGUAUAGAGCGCAACAACGGUGACGUAAGCAGAAGGAAUACAUUCCAAUCAUUUUGCACCCGGAGCUUAGUAUUGAGUAGUAGCUGUUCUAUUGGCGAGCCGAAAACGUGAAACCGAACACAUCGAACACAUUGUUGGCUAUUCAUCGCAAAACUGACUGACAAACUUUGCACAUUCCGCUCUCGUUUUUCACGUAGACCAUAACAAGCUGCUUGUACGAUGGGGCUACUGAGCGAGGGCAGCCCGCUGAGCUGGGAAGAAACGAAAGCGCUGGCGCAGCAUGUUCGUGAACACGGAAUCGAACAGUUCAUCAACCUGUACGCCCGGCUUAAGGACCGCCAGGGAGAUGUGCUCAAGUGGGGCGACGAAGUGGAGUAUGUUAUCGUACGUUUCGACGAUGAAAAGAAGGAAACACAGGUGUCACUACGAGCCAGGGAAUUGCUAGGUGUGCUAAACGAAAAGGAAGCAGCUGAUCCGAAGGGUGUAAAAUCUCUCUGGCGACCGGAAUACGCUGCGUACAUGAUCGAAGGUACACCCGGUAAACCGUACGGUGGUCUGCUGGCUCAUUUCAAUGUCGUCGAAGCGAACAUGCGCUACCGUCGCAUGGAGGUGGCCGAGCUGUUACCAGCCGGCGAGCACGUUAUGUCGAUUACUAAUUUUCCCCGGCUAGGCUGUCCCGACUUCACCUAUCCGUUGGCAAAACCCACCCCGGAUGACGUGAAUUGCGCAGCUCGAUCGCUUUUCUUCCCCGAUGAGGCCAUCUACCCGGGACAUCCUCGUUUUAAGACGCUUACUCGCAACAUCCGUCAACGUCGGGGCGAAAAGGUUUCAAUAAAUCUGCCUAUUUUCCGUGAUAAGAAUACGAAAAUUCCUGUGGAGGGCAGCCUUCCCGAUAAACCGGACUUCGUCCAUAUGGAUGCGAUGGGUUUCGGAAUGGGUUGCUGCUGUUUGCAGCUGACUUUCCAGGCCUGUAACAUUACCGAGGCGCGAACGCUCUACGAUCAACUGACACCGAUGUGUCCCAUUAUGUUGGCUCUAACGGCUGCCAGUCCCGCCUAUCGCGGAUUCCUGACCGACGUCGACUGUCGUUGGAAUGUCAUUUCUGCCUCGGUAGACUGCCGCACCAAGGAGGAAAGGGGAGAGGUGCCACUGAAAAAUGAUCGAUUCCGAAUCUACAAAUCUCGCUACGAUUCCAUCGAUUCAUAUCUCUCCCCGGCAGGUGAAAAAUACAACGACGUUCCAUUGGUUCUGGACGAAGCAAUGUACAAGCGGCUACGCGAGGGUGACAUCGAUCAUCUACUGGCGCAACAUAUUGCCCAUCUUUUCAUUCGCGAUUCGGUUUCUUUGUUCAGCGAAAAGGUCCACCAAAACGACAAGGAAGACACUGAUCACUUUGAAAACAUUCAGUCGACUAAUUGGCAAACGAUGCGCUUCAAGCCACCUCCGCCGAACUCCUCGAUCGGCUGGCGUGUAGAGUUUCGUCCUUGCGAAGCACAACUAACAGACUUUGAAAAUGCUGCCAUCGUAUGCUUUGUCGUUCUGUUGACCAGAGUAAUUUUGUCCUAUCAGCUAGAUUUCCUGAUCCCGAUCAGCAAGGUAGACGAAAAUAUGCAAAACUCUCAAAAGCGCGGAGCCGUCCUUACAGAGAAAUUCUGGUUUAAAAAGAACAUUGCCGGUUUCCCGGGACCGGACGCCAAAAAUAACGAUCAGCCUCGGUCGGACAUCGAAACCAACAGUCAUAACAAUGUUGACGCAAAUGAUUCCACCAACCCGGAUGAUGAGUACGAGCUGAUGACAAUCGAUCAAAUUAUCAAUGGCAAGGGUUGCUUCCCGGGGCUGGUUCCACUGAUCAACAGCUACCUCGGUUCGAUGGAUGUCGAUGCAGAUACACACUGUACCAUUCAGCAGUACCUGAAGUUAAUUCAAAAACGGGCAUCCGGAGAACUACUAACAACCGCUUCCUGGAUCAGAAAACAGGUCACAGAGCACGAAGAGUACAAACAAGAUUCGGUAGUGAGCGCCGGCAUCUGCUACGACUUGCUGAAGACGGCCAAGGACAUUCAGGACGGUAUCAGGCCGUGCCCGGAGCUGCUCGGUAGCAACAUCAAUUCGAAGACGGCCGACAACAUUCCGCCAGCAAUCGAGAAGCAUCUGACCAAGCACUGUUGCUGAACUCGCCCGGCGGCAACCCGGUAAUGUAUUGUGCAUUUAAACAAACAAACAAACGAGAAAAAAAAAAACCGUACUGGCGCUGUUGGAAAUUUAUUAACUGAAAAUGCGGGUAAAAAGCUAGUUUUUGGCUCAUUUUAAAUGGCAGUUUUGACUGAUCCAAAGAAAACACAGAAGAGUGACUUAUUUGACGAGAUGGGGCGAAUAGUUUUAGUUUUUCUCUAUCGAAUCCAGUGUUUGUCUUUUAUGUAAGGUUUAGUUUUUUUUUGCGAAAUCUGUUGUUUCGUUUAAAUUGUGUUAGGUAAAAUUUUCUAUAGCUUUUACGAUCCAUCUGAUGAUAUAUGACUUUUUUUUAUUAGUUUAGUAUUUUGUUCCGUUUAAUUUGUCUUUGUGGGAAGUAAAAAGUUCAGUCUGGCAUUGCGAGAUACAAUUUAGUUUAUACAGUACCUAGUUUUAUAGUUGAGAGAUGUUGAUAAACAGUAAAAUUGUCUUUAUAUUGAAACGAGCAGGUGAUUUUCACAGUAUAAACUUUUGUAGGCCCACUUUAACAAUAUAGUAUUCCUGAUAAAUAAGUAUACCAUCCCAUCUUCAUCGCCGACAGUAACUGUUGUUUUCAUCAUGGAACUGUUUCUAAUAAAAAAAACUUUAAUAAAGCACAUCUA